AUGACAUGGUUAGAACUCGCCAAUAAUUUCUCAAAUAUAGAUCAGCCCUGCAUCAUUGGCUUUGUUAAGCGAAAAUCGCGACGGUGGAGAUACAUAAGCGGGUAUUGCACACAUCAGUGGCCAAUAUCUGGCUCGGGUCCAGAUCUGGCGGGUAUUGUGGUGACGGGUAAUGUAGAUAUGGAUAUACUAAACGAUGCGAUUCAGCGGGUCAUAGAGGAUAGACGUUCGAAUUUGUACCAAAAUUCGGCCAGUGACGUUGUGGCCAAUUUAGGAAAAAUAUGGGAUAAUAGUAAAUUUCAAAUAAAGAAUGACGCCGAUGUGUUAACCCUCCAACAACAGAAAAAUUCUUUGCCUUCUGAUGGCACAACAAUGUCAGUAGUUCUUGAAUUCGCUCAUUCUCUAAAGAAUUUGAGCACUUCGUCGUUAAUAAUGAUGUCAACAGCGGCUGACUGUGCCUAUAUUUGUGUGCAACGUUUACUGUGCAUAUGUUUAAACGAAAGGACAUCUUUUGAGAUCGAGCCGCAUGCUCCGGCGCAAAGUUGGCAGCAACAUGCUGCUAUGUGUUUCUCGCAAACUGCUCUGUGUACAUGUCUCAAAUUUGCUGCUGGUGGACCAUUCUCGCUAUUGUCACUAGCCUUACAUGGUCAACAACCCGUGUGGAAGUAUUUGGAAUCCAGAGAGCCUGCACCGGGACGCAAUAGAAGACCCUUGAAGCCACCACUAAUACAUCGCGAUUCUUCAUCAGUGCUUAUGGAUGCUGGCCAGGAUGAUGCGGGAUCGGAUGCGAAGAGCUAUGCUCAAGCUCACCGUAGUUCCUCUUUGCUCAGAAAUGCGCCUACGCCCACUCUGCAUCGUCGAUGUUGGACCGCUGUGAAGCAUCCAGAAUUGAUAGUUCGUGCCGAGAAACUCCUACGAUCAUCCACGUCCGAACUAUUGCUGGCACUUGUGGCCGGUGCCUUACGAAACUAUUUUCGGGAGCAGGGUAUACUCCAUCCACCGGAUGUUGACUGUGUAACCCCUGGUUCAGAUCGUGGUUGUCAUCCAAUAGGAGAUCGAUGCGAGACGAGCUUGUUACCACUUCGACUACCUACAAGUGUUGAAGGAGCAAUUCCAAGGCUGUGGGCCGUACAACGAAACAUCGCUAAAGUUAUGGAAGGACCCAUAUCUGGUGCUGUAACAAUCGUACAGUGUAUUGCUCGAAGUUGUCUACCAGCAUCAAUAGCAACUAGUGCAUUUCGACUGGUCUAUAGAUCGCAUGCAGUAUUUUUUGCCUUCUAUAGAGUAGCUGCAAAUAAGCUCAAUGCUGAUGAGGCCAUCCAGACGAUGUUCAUUUUCCCAUCAUUGGCCCAAUCAGUCCGUGCAGCUUUCGUCUUUAUUCAACAUGGGAAUGGCAUAGACCUGAGUAUAUCUCUUUGUAGCAGGACUUUUCCAGACCCAGAGAAAGUCAUAGAAAGCUUUCAGCGCGAAUCGCAGCUUUUGCUUGAUCAUCUUUCGCUUCGACUUCUUUCACUUCCUGAAACUACCGUACUACCUGGUAUAGCUCUAUGUUUACGCCAUGAAAGGACCGAGAACGAGGUGGACAGUGAGAUGUUCGGUAGCCCAUUCUUCAGUCGCGAUGUUACCGAUGAACAAUUGGAUGUGAAUGAUCACGAAUAUUCUCUAGAAGAACUUUAUCAACUUCUAGAUGUAGUGCAGACCGAGCUCGAUAGCAUGCGAUCCAAUCCCGAAAUGGGUUUACGCAGCCAAUACAUCGAUCGACUAACCCGUUUGGAGCAGAAAAUGCAGAAUUUUCAUGAAUGUAUUUCUGAAAAACUGAGCGCCGAGAAGGUGAAGUUACCCGGGCAGUCGGAUGACGAUGAGGUUGGCGAUGCGGUCGCCAACGUCUUGGCACCAUAUAAGGGUGAUCCGGGCUCAUCUGGUCGUCGCUUCAGUCGUGAAUACGCGCGAACAGAAACCACGACAAGUCGAAAGAAUUCAAGAGCAUCUCUCUGAUCCGACAGAGUCGUCUCAUUUCAGCAGUCACCUACGUAAUUGCACUGUUUAUAGUUAUCGUGGCUAGGCGAUGGCGCUACACCUUCUUCUGCCUUUUGCAGCUUUUUCAGACUAUACCACCCCCAUCUUACUUUCCUACAAAAUUCAAAAGAAAGUGGUGCAAUUACACAAAAUGACUGUUGAAGUGAAGAUUAGAGUAGCUAUUUUUCCAACCAAAGACGAAAUUAUUACACUACUAAAUGUCUUACCAGUCAGCUUUCAGCGCCUUGAACAUUCCAUUUUGUUCUUCAUCUCUUUCCUUCUGGGCUCCAGUUUUUACGCCAAAGAACAAUUUUUUCUUGCAUUUUUAUCAUAUCGUGGCCGGUCUCAUCUUCAUUGACGGGUUUCACUGGAGCUUGUUAUUUACUUUUUGCCAAGCUGUCAGGUUUGCUUCCUCCUAUAUUAAACGCUCCUUCCAUAAUUCUGUGGCUGUAAAGCUCUGUGACGAAUUCACUUUCAUAUUUGCCGCAUUGUAUACAUAUCCUAGUUUUAUCGCAAAUAAAUUUUCCGUGAUUGAAUCAGAAACGACACUGU